AUGAUUGGCAGAAUUUGUCCAAAACAAAUAAUAGUAAAAUUUCAUAUUUUUGGAUGCUGAAGAAUAAAAUCGAAUUUUCACAUAUCUUAUACAAAUAUUAUCAGAUCUUGAUCAUCAUACUAUAUUCUACGCCAUUCUAAUCUUUCCAAUAUAUGCUACUUUGUUAUAUACUAUUUUUGAUGAACUCGACGCCCUUGAGGCCAUCGGCUCAACUAAUACGAUGUCCAUAAUUUUAAGAAAUUGUCAGAGCCAUUUAAGAAAGAACUUAUUUAUCCUAAGCAAAAGCUCUACUGGGAUCAAAGGGCUGGUCUUGCAGAUGGAAUUCAGGCAAAAAAUAUCCGAUGUGCUGAAGUAAAGCAUAAAGGCUGGCCUUAUCAUGGUUUCCAAGUGCUUGGCAUAGCGGGAUCUAAGUAUCAAAUACUUCUUGUAAAAUAUUAUUUCGAUCUGACCAGGCCAUUUUUUAUCUAUAAUCAUUUUCAGCAGGGCAGAAAUAUUUGAGAUUUGAGUUUCUGAUAAGAUGGCUUAAGAAGUCUAUUGAUGAGGUACAAAUAAGGUCACGAAUUUAAUUGCAAUAAUAAUUUGAUUGAUUUAAGCUAUUCUCAUUAAUUUUAUAUAUAUUUAUUUUGCAAGACAUACAUUCGAAGAAGUAACAACUAUGAAUUUGAAUGAAAUAACCGAACUCUGUCAUGAAUGCAGUCUGCCAUUUAGUGUCGAUAUACAUCCUGCUAUCUGUAUUUCAUGCAAUCAUAAAUUUCAUAUGAUUUGCUUAAAGAAAAAGGACGGAGUUUAUAAAUGUGAUAAGUGUGGAAUAUAAAUUAUUGAACAGCUUUUAUUAAAAUAUUUUAAAAAAACAGUUUUUUUAGGAUUAAAGCAAUGCAUUUAAUGGAAAUAAUAAUAGAAUUGAAAUUUUUAUGAAAUUCUCAAAUUCCUAAAUAAAAAUUGAAAAAGAAAAAGAAGCGGAAGAAUCUAUUAAGGGGCUUCGAUUCCAUAGAAGAUUUCAAAUAUUUCCUUAAUUUUUCAGGAAUAGAUCGUAUCGAGCAUCUGAGAAAUUCAAAAACUAAGUAAAAUUAAAUAGCUAAAUAAAACACCAUUUUUUAUCAAAACCAAGAAAAUCUUGAUUUAGAAAAUAUUUCGAUAUCCACAGUCGACGGAUUUCAAGGUCAGGAGAAAGAUGCGAUAAUUUUUUCUUCGGUAGCUACAGAGCUUCCAUAUGAAUUUAUUUCUGAUAUAAAAAGAUUAAAUGUUUCAUUCACAAGAUCAAAACAUCUGCUAUGAGUUGUUGGUAAUCUGGAAUGUUUUAAAGAAUUCAUAUGGAAUAGAUUUUUCAAUUAUCUCAGAAGUAUUGAUAAGAGAAGAAUUAAAAGAAUAUUUGAUUUCAGAAAUGCAAUAAAAGAACUUGAGAGAUUUUAAGAUAAUAAUUUUAAUUAUUCACUUUAAUAGGACUGCUAAAUAUUACUUAGAUGAAGUAAAUCAAUCUUUAUCGUAUAUUAAAAACAAUAAAAGCUCUAUUUUUUGUUAAAUUCACCGCUAUGAAAUAUCAUAUUAAAAUUUACUUGUUGGAAAAUUAAGCUUCUAUGGCUAUUAUUCUUUUAAAAUUAUAAAAGCAAAUAAUAUUUUCUUAUAGUAGUUCUCAAAUGCUUAAAAUUAAAUAGGUAAAAAAGCUAUUAAAUAAAAAUUAUGAUCGGUUUGAUAAAAGGCUAUUUAGUCCUAUAUAAAUGGCUAUUGCUAUCCUGAAAAUGUUUAUAGAUAAAAAAUGGCCUGGCCAGAUCGAAAUUUGAUACUUAGAUCCCGCUAUGCCAAGCACUUGGAAACCAUGAUAAGGCCAGCCUUUAUGCUUUACUUCAGCACAUCGGAUAUUUUUUGCAUGAAUUCCACCUGCAAGACCAGCCCUUUGAUCCCAGUAGAGCUUUUGCUUAGGAUAAAUAAGUUCUUUCUUAAAUGGCUCUGACAAUUUCUUAAAAUUAUGGACAUCGUAUUAGUUGAGCCGAUGGCCUCAAGGGCGUCGAGUUCAUCAAAAAUAGUAUAGUUGAUAUAAUAUAUACUAUUUUUAUCUCUCCUUUAAAUAAUUUAUAUUUUACGAAAUAA